CCAGCAGGUUAGGGUGUAGCCAGUAAGGGGGGGGGCUGAAAGGGACGGCGUUUGAACGGGCUGGCCAGGGGUAUCCCGAUCGGACUGACGGCGUUGGGGACGGAACUAGGAGAGGAAGGCCUGGGAAAGGCCAGGCCUCACCUGUGGAAGCUGCUUGCGGUCGGGGCUGAGGGGCCCGUCAUGGCUGAGCUUGGAUGGAGGGUCUGACCGCGGUAUCAGUAGUAUGAUGAGACUGAGAGAUGGGCAGACAAGAUCCUUCCAGGCACCUGUAGAUGUUCAUGCUUCACAAGAUGGUCAGAUUUAUCUAUUUGGGAGUGAAGUCGCAACAUCCGAUGACUCAUCUGAUGAAGACCAGAGUAACAUUGAACUACGGCCAAGAGGUCGAGAGUGUCAGUGGUCCACUGUUACUGAGGAGAAAUCCAACAGUACAGUAUUUCUUAUUCGAGAAGUGGUUGAUGGUGACAACCUCAAUACUUUUGCUUUGCAGUAUGGCUGCUCGGUUGCAGACCUCAAAAGAGUGAACCACCUCAUUAGAGAGCAAGACUUCUUUGCCUUAAAAACAAUAAAAAUUCCUGUGAAAAAGCACAGUUUAUUGACAGAAGCACAUGAAGAGGCAAAACGGCGGCAGACUAUUUCUACAAAUAACAGAGCCUCCACAUUUGUAGAAGGUUGUAGUACAACAGGCCAAGGAACAGAUGAGAAUAAGUUGAAUGAAUAUUUUGACGAAAUUGACAAGGGUAUCGAGAGAGUCAUCCAGUCUACAGAUCAAUGUAAAGAUCGCUUGGAAGAAGUGGUUUAUUGUCAAAAGCCUAAUGGAUUUAAUUCAUCCCCAUUUUCUCCAAAGGACAUUCAUCAUGGAGCUGACUGGGGUAUUCGGUGGUGGAAUGCUGUGGUAAUCAUGCUUUUAGUGGGUAUUAUUGUCCCAAUAUUUUACGUGGUGUACUUCAAAAUUCAAGAGACUGAGAGUGUGGACUCAACGGCUGCAAAUGGCACAGUUUCAACCGCAAUACAACCUAAAUUUACGCCAUCUAUAGAUGGCUGAGUGGGAUUGACUAAAAAGUUAUACAUAAAUUUUCUUCAUUGAUAACUAACAGUAAUUGAUUGGAACAUUAAGUCAUUGGUUAAAGGUUGGUGCAAAUAGCAUGCCUGUACCAGUGCAGGGAAGUGUAUUCCUUCUUUCGACCUUUACUGUGACACUGAAUUUGCUUGUACAGGUCCAGUGUAAGUCCUAAACUGAAGUUUGUAUUUUCAUAUCAUUUCCUGACUUAUAGCAACUUUUUGCAGUACCCCUUUACAACAUUUAUCUGUUUGUGAUAACUUAAGAAAAAUGGUUUUACUCGUAGAGUUUACAACCAAAUUGUUAGUAGCCAAGUUAUUUCUUAUCUAUUUCCUGAAAGGUUUGAUAGCUAUUGUUGAAUUCAACAAUUGUAAACUAUGGACUGAUCAAACAAAGUGCACUUGGUAGUGACAACUGUGCCUGUGCUAGCACUCGUGAGAAUUAUUAUGUUUAACAGAUGAACACAGAAUUAAGUAAAUGCCACAUAGCUUCCACAUUGGAUCUCAGUGCCAAAUAAUAGCAGCCCUCCCAGGAUUGUACUUUACAAUUUUCAACUCUCAAGUGUUUGAGAUAUUUUUAGUGACAUGACCUAGAUCACAAUGGUCUCAGAUUAAGAGCUACAUUGUAUUUGAAUGUUGAUGCUAGCUGACUAGCAUUUUCAUGAACUAGAAUUCCAGUCACAUGCAGAAAAUGUUUGUUAAAUUCACCUGCCAUCAUGUCGAGCCUUUAUCUUGUCACUCUGGCCUGUGAUUUUUAAUUUGAGUCAUGUUGUGUGGGAGAGAUCAUAUAAAUUUUCUGUUGAUGAAAGUUAAAUUUGGAUUGUGUGGUUAUGAAGUGCACAGAUCCAAGCAGAAGCACUGAAGUAAUCUGUUGUGAAAAACUAUUCUGCAACAAUGUACCAGUUCUCAUUCAGAACUGACACCUAAGUAGCAGUAACAAUACAGCAUGAAAAGUAAAAUUUGACAUUUGGGAAAAUUGUAUUUUCUGACAACUAAUUUCAUAAUCUUCAUCUAUUUUCUUUGGUGAACAGUUUUCCUGCUCCUCAAUCUGCACAUUUAGAUUUAUUGCAAAAGCAACUAUAUCUGAAUCAGAUAGUAUUUCAUGAGUUAUCAAGACAGCCAAACAUACCACAUUACAUUUCUAUAGCGUUUUGCCAGUUUAAACUUGUGCUGUUUCUGCUAUUGACAAAAAGUUUCAGAUUGGUACAUUUUCCCUGAAUGUAACUUGUAAGGAUUCAACCACUAGAGCAUAUUUAUUUUGUGCUAAACUUCUGAUUUAGUUGUUUGUUUUGUUCGUAUAAUUUUGAAAUGCUAAUUAAGCAAAGACAGUGGCCCAAAUGAAUGCAUCUUCGUAUGUGAUGACUUCUGAUCUGUCUGUAGAUUGUAACUAUGAAUGAGUUAUACCACAAGAUGCAAGUCACUUUUCAGUUUAUUUUACCUGGUCAUGUGGAGAGGAGAUGGAUUUCUAUUCAGUCCUUCUAGUGGCAUCUGAGUGAUUCUCAAUGAAAUAGCCUUUGCACUAACCAUAAUUUUUUUUUGUUCUCAUAGUUCAUUGGUACAAAUGUUUUGCUGAAGUUCCCAUUCUAGAAGGGAACUGGGAUAGGCUAUGGUAAGCAUAGAUCUCCUGUCAUUAGAAAGAAAACUGCCAGUGAUUGUAACGAAAAUUACAAACUAAUCUGAAACAGUCAACAGACCAUCAUGUCUUAGUCAAAUUCUUUCAGAAAAUUACCAAGCACAAAGGCAAAAAGAAUGCAGAAAAGGUUGUACAUUUUAGCUUAAAUACAUUUUUUAAUGAAGUGUCACAUUAGAAUCUUUAGUACAGAGUUUUUAAGAUCUGCAAUAGUAGGAAUAAAGUCUCAGCAUUGCUCAGGUGAAAAAGCAGAGUAAUCUUUCUAGAUUUCGCCCAAUUCCUCUGAGAUUUAUGUUGGGACCUCACCCAUGUACAUAAAAGAUUUGACCAUAGAUAUAUUGAGCUUCGCCAAUAAUUUGGAAUUAGAAGCAUAAGAAGUUGUAGAAGAGAUUGUAAGGUAGGAGGCUACUGUUGGAAUGAAUAAAAACUAACAUGGUGCUUCCCAUAUCAUCAAGAUGUCCUUUUGCUGCCAGUGCUUUGGAAAUGUAAUCACCCUUGUAACAUACAAAGCAAAUUAGGGGAGCAUUUGAAAAAUUAACUUCCUAAUGAAUAAAUGUGGAGUGGAAGGGGGAAAGAAAGAACAAAAAUGCAAAUAUUCCUUCAUGUGACAUGGUGCUCAACUGACUAGAAAAACAAAUCUUUAAAUGAAGAAUUGGUGCACAUUUAAGAUUGCUUUAAAAAGGCAUUGAAAUGAGCGUGAAAGAUUUUGGAUUUUGUAAAUUGCUGUACUGCAUACAAAUCCAAGGAUAUAGUCCUGAAUCUGUACAAACCUUUAGUUAGAUUGCAGUUGUAAUGUACAAUUUUGUGCACCUCUUUACAAAGACUUUUAGGAGCUGCGCAAGGAGUGCAAUAUCGAUUCACCUGGUAAUUUCAUCAGAGAAAUAAAGCUGAAAAAGAUAAAAGGAACAUAAGACUCUUUCAAAUUUAUGAAAUAAUUCGAGGGAGUAAAUAAAGGAAGGCAACUGAAUGGUUGGGGAAUCAAUAUUGGAAAGGGUUCUAAAGCAUUUUUGCAAUGGAUUAUUAGACUGGAAUGCAAUACCAAUUAUAAAGUGACAGUUAAAAGGGAAACACUGGAAGGAAAUUGCUAAAGGGAAUGGAAUAGGAUGUGACAUCAGAAUGGACAUCUUUGGCAUGAACUAAGGCAUAUUGGGCUGAAUGGCCUUGUGUGUUUUAAGCUUGUAGGUUUUACCAAACUCACUCUCUCUUAGCUGGGGUUGGAAAAUUGGCUCUGUUGUCAAGGAAGAGGUCUUCAGAAAUAAUCAUUUAUUGUUGACACUGCGUUGCAAAAUCACAUCCUAAAUAAGCUUACAAAUAAAUGUACCAUUAUUUAAAAUUAAAGUAAAAUAAAAUUGAAUCAUUUCUUCAUG